AUGGAUUCUUCUAGCCCACCAUUACCAGCUCCAACUGAUUUGACAGCUACAUGGAACUUUCUUGAAAAUGGCAUCGAACAUAUUAUGAAUAGAUUGGAAGAAGGGCUUAGUUAUAAACGAUAUAUGGAUCUUUAUACUGGUAUCUACAAUUAUUGUACGAGCAGUCGUAUGAAUCCUGGGUUUACUUCAGAACCUCUCGCAGGUCCCGGUGCAAACCUAAGUAAUAAUCGAGGUGCCAAUUUAAUGGGAAGUGAUUUAUAUCAAAACCUUCAAAGAUAUCUUGAAAGAUAUCUUCAUACUAUUCGCGAGAAUUCAACUCAACAUAUGGAUGAAAAUUUACUGCGAUACCUUAAUCGUCACUGGGUCAAAAGAGAAAUCGAUGAAGGCCGUAAAACUGUUUAUGAUGUUUAUACCGUAAGAAAUACAAUGAUUAUGAAAUUUGAUGUAUUAUCAUUUUACGAACGUAUACUUAUUGACUUUGAUAAUCUUUAUCUACGUUCUAAACAGCUCACUCUUGUUAGCUGGCGAGAUUAUAUGUUCAUGCAUGUAGAGCGUCAUGUAAUGGCAGCUGUUCUAAAACUCAUCGAACGUCAAAGGAACGGUGAGAGCGUCGAAACUGGCUUGGUGAAAAGCGUUGUUGAAUCCUUUGUUGCCCUCGGUCUUGAUGAUGCCGAUUCCACAAAAUCAACGCUUGACGUAUACAAGGAGCACUUUCAAAAACCAUUCGUAGAAGCUUCUGAAGUUUAUUAUAAAGCAGAAUCAGAGAAAUUUGUUAGUGAGAACAGCGUCACUGAAUAUAUGAAGAAGGCUGAAGCUCGUUUAAGAGAGGAAGAAAAUCGGGUUAAACUAUAUUUGCACCAAAGUACCCACAAACCACUUAUCACAACAUGUGAGACAGUGCUCGUGAAGAAUCACACUGAUAUUAUGUGGGAUGAAUUCCAGAAUCUACUAAACCUUGAUAGGAUGGAUGAUUUAAAUCGAAUGUAUUCUCUUUUGUCGCGUAUUACUGAUGGAUUAGAACCUUUACGCACGCGCUUCGAAGAACACGUUCGUAAAGCAGGGUUAAAUGCUAUUGAGAAAGUUGCAGAUCAAGUCAGCGAUAACAUGGAACCGAAAAUAUAUGUUGACGCGUUACUUGAAGUUCACAGUAAAUAUAAUGAUAUGGUCACAACAGCCUUUAGAGGCGAAGCUGGUUUCGUUGCUUCACUUGAUAAAGCAUGCCGAGAAUUUGUAAAUCGCAAUAAAGUGUGUAAAGCCUCGACAUCAAAAUCACCAGAAUUAUUGGCUCGAUUUUGUGAUUCCUUGCUUAGAAAAAGUUCAAAGAACCCCGAAGAAAAUGAUCUUGAAGAUAUGACUGUAUUUAAAUAUGUGGAGGAUAAAGACGUUUUCCAAAAGUUCUAUUCAAAGAUGUUGGCAAAACGUUUAGUAAACGGAACAUCAGCAUCAGAAGACGCAGAAUCUAGCAUGAUAUCUAAAUUAAAGGAAGCAUGUGGCUUCGAAUAUACAUCAAAACUACAACGUAUGUUUACCGAUAUGGGAUUAAGCAAAGAUCUUAAUGAUCAAUUCAAAGAGCGCAAUUCUAUGGAAGCUAAUGAACAAGUCGACUUCUCUGUUCUUGUUUUGGGUACUGCGUCUUGGCCGCUUCAACCAUCAACAACAAACUUUAACAUACCAGAAGAACUUGAAAGAACUUUCCAACGUUUCAAGAUGUUUUAUUCAAAUAAACAUUCUGGUCGCAAACUUAAUUGGUUAUUCCAUCUUUCAAAAGGUGAAUUAAAGGCUAACUAUUGUCACCUAUCGAAGACAGGGUAUACAUUCCAGGUAUCAACAUACCAAAUGGGGAUUCUUUUGCAGUACAACAAAGAUUUGUCAUACACCUUUGAGGAAUUAAAACAGAGCACAGAUUUGAAUGCAGAAGUUUUGAUAGGUGCCCUAGGGACUUUAGUUAAGGCAAAGGUACUUGAACUUUCUGACGGCACGGAAGUCGGUGAUCCUUCGUCUCGUUACGAAUUGAAUACGGAGUUUAAGAGCAAGAAAGUUCGUAUUCAACUAAAUGUUCCGGUCAAAUCUGAGCAAAAAGUAGAAGUAGAAGAAACCCACAAAACUGUGGAGGAAGACAGAAAAUUAUUGAUGCAGGCCGCUAUUGUUCGUAUUAUGAAGACCAGGAAAACUUUGAAACAUGUUGCCUUGGUGAACGAAGUGAUUGCACAAUUGUCGAAUCGUUUCAAGCCUAAAAUACCUGAUAUUAAAAAAUGCAUUGACGUCUUGCUGGAAAAAGAGUAUAUUGAACGUGUUGAGGGUCAGAAAGAUAUGUUUUCUUAUCGUGCAUGA